GUCAUUGUAAACGUCAAAAUCAUUUAAAAAUCACGUUUCACCCACAUUUUCAUUAAAAAACGCCAUAAAUUCAAGCAUACCAUAAAACGUAACCAAAACGAUUGUUAAUCCUGAUGCCUAGUAUCCUAAAUCCCCUAUAUUUUAGACUGUUAAAAUCCCAGACGAGAUUAUUUGCAAAUUCCAGUGAUUCUAACCUAAUUAGAGUGUUGAAAACAAUGCCGAAAGAGCCGAAACACAUCGCUGACGCGCAAAAACAGAGAAGUAAGAUCAAGGAAAAGUAUAAUAAGUAUGUGCCUGGCAGGGUUACCUUGCAGGUGCUCGGUACAGGGGCCAAAGGAGCUCCUAGGGCCUUGUAUGUGUUCUCCGAUCAAUCCAGGUAUUUAUUUAACUGCGGAGAGGGUACACAAAGACUCGCACAUGAACACAAGAUGAAAUUGGCGAAAUUGGAGCACAUUUUCGUGACGCAACCGGUUUGGAAGAAUAUCGGCGGCUUGCCUGGUACAGCUCUAACAAUACAAGAUGUGGGGGUGCCGCAGAUAACUUUACACGGCCCCAAGGGCUUAGAGGAGAUUUUUGCCGCCACAAAACGCUUUGUGGUCAUCAGAGAUUUAAAAAUUAAAAUGGCAGAAUGUACGGAACAUUCAACUUUCGAAGAUAAUGUUAUGGUGGUGAAAUACGUGCUGCUGGAGAGAAACGAAGAUAUCGUGCAUGACGCGAUAGAUGAGGAGAGUGAAAGUGAUAAUUCUUUGGGUGUGCAAGUGGGAAAUUCCGAAAAAAGUGACGCUGAGACUUCCACGCGAAGGGAGGGUGGUAAUAGGAGGAGGAGGAGAAGGAGUAAUUCGAUGAAUAAGCAAAGAGAAGAGAAUAUUGUAGACGAUACGGAUUAUUAUGCGCAUGAACGUAAGAAAUUUAAGAGUAGAAGUAGGAGUAGGAAUCAGUCCCGACCCCAAAGCCUUGAAAGUGGCCUCAGGAAUCACUCUGCAAACAACAUUUCGCAAAUAAGCGAAGACAUUUUGGCGGAAACGAAAGAAAAAGGCACUUCGAUGUGUUACAUCUGUCGACUGCAGCCCAGACCGGGGGCUCUAAAUCUGGAUAAGUGCGUUAAAAUGGGUGUUCCGCCGGGUCCUCUUUUGGGACGCCUUAAGGCGGGCCAUGAAGUUCUCCUGCCCAAUGGGAACAAGGUUACUACGCAGGACGUGUGCGAACCCGAUGAUCCAGGACCGCUCUUUUUAGUGGUCGACUGUCCCACAGUAGAGUAUCUGGAUUCUAUGGUGGAAAGUGAAGAGUUUAGAAAACAUCAAAAAUUUGCCACUAAAGAUGAAGAUUUAGCCUAUUUGGUUGUACAUUUUACUCCACAAAAUGUUAUGGAUAACCCAAGGUAUAAAGCGUGGAUCGAGGAUUUUUCACCAAGCACUUCACAUUUGGUUUUAAACGAAACCAACACCUGCAUGGGCAGUUUGUCCGUACACAGAAUUCAGCACAAGCUUAACUUACUCGCCGAAGAACUUUUUCCAUUGCUGGGAGACAAUGGAACCUUGACGGUGACGGAACACUCAAAUUUGCACCAAAAUAAAAAACAAAAAUGCGAGCAAAACACCGACACCUCCCCCAGCAAAUCUAUGGAGAAUUUAUCGGUGAAAACGCAUUUGGAGCCUUAUUUGUACGCCAAUACGUUCCUGAAUUUCCACUUGAGGCCCAAGAAAGGCCUCGACAGCACUGCGGAGUUGAAAAUCGUCCCAAACGAGUACAUUGAAGAAACUAUGAGUAUACAAACAUUCCCCGAUGUGUUGCAAAGUUUAAAACAGCAGUGGAAUAACGUUAAGAAGGAUUUAAUAAGUAAAAAUUCCAUGAGGCUGUAUCCAAAAAUAUUAUUUUUGGGUACUGGGUCUUGUAUACCGAAUAAAACGCGUAAUACCAGUGGAAUUUUACUGGAAACUGAAAAAAACAAGUACAUUCUAUUGGACUGCGGUGAAGGAACCUACGGGCAAUUGGUGCGCUUUUAUGGAAAAAACAACUGUGAUCAAGUUUUAGCAAAUAUUAAUGCUAUCUAUGUAUCGCACUUGCAUGCUGAUCAUCAUAUAGGCCUCAUAGGGGUUCUGCAAGGUCGAAAAAGAGCCCUAAACAGUUUAAACAUGAAGAAAGGCCCCUUAUAUUUGUUUGCACCCAAACAAAUAUUAGCUUGGUUACAGUUUUAUGACAGAUUUUUUGAGAAUAUUAGGAACGAGUUUCAUUUGAUUCCUAAUGGAGAUUUGUUGCUAAACGAAAAAAAUCCCGCAACGUUCCACAAAAACGUCAUUGAAGAACUUGACAUGUCCGACAUAAGCACCUGUUUUGUGAAGCAUUGCCCGAAUGCUUUUGGGGUAACUGUAACGCACAAAACUGGUUUUAAAAUUACGUAUUCAGGUGAUACGAUGCCUUCGGAAAACCUUAUAGAAUUAGGACAAAACUCGGACCUCCUAAUUCAUGAGGCAACAAUGGAAGACGAGCUUGCCAACGAGGCGAUAGUGAAAUUGCAUUCGACAACGUCGCAGGCCAUCGACGUGGGUAAAAAAAUGAACGCCAAACACACCCUCUUGACUCACUUCAGCCAAAGAUACGCGAAACUGCCGAGGUUCAACGAAAAUUUCUCUGAGAAUGUUGGAAUUGCUUUUGAUAAUAUGCAGGUGAGGUUGGACGAGUUGCCCCUUGUUCCUCUGUUAUAUCCAGCUUUAAAAUUAAUGUUUGCCGAACAUUACGAGGAAUUGGAGCAUAAGGCUGUGAAAAGACAGUUGAGAAUCGAUCGGGAGAGAGAAGCUUCAGUUGAGAGGAAAAAAGUUAAAGAAAAUUGUAAGAAUCUUGAAUAAAUGGGUUUUAUUUUA